AUGGAGGAGAUAUUCUCCGACAAAUUUCAAUACAUUAACCUGGAACACUACAAUAUUUAUCACUUUGAGGAACUAGUUAUCGAAGGUCGACGUUAUCAGUUCCGAUUGUCAUCCAAAGAAGAUCUCAUGACGGUGGUCACUCAUAUCGCUGGACGAGCUGUUCUUCUAGUCUCCGUUUGGACCAAUAUGGAUUACGAGAAACGUUUAAAAGAAAUUCAUCAGUACAUAAUGGAUUUGGAGCGUUCAGGCACAGUGCCUGCUGAUUUUCGAAUAAUACCUGUUCGACAUAACAACUCCGAGUUCGAUUCUUGCCACGUAUCCCGUAAUUCGGAUCGAGAUGGGUUCAACUGCCUGACACAUCUGGUGAACAGAAUUGUGGAGACUUGUGCUAGUAUAAAAUGCUUUGCUUCUGAUGUGGUUUCCGCUGUACUGCACAACUGUCUUGUCAUUGGUGUGUAG